CAAGAUCAUGCGUUUUCGCUUGUUUUUAACCACCUGGAUUUCCAUCUGGAUGUUGCUGUGACCUGUCUGAAAUACAACUAUUUGAACUCCAGAAGGACCAACACCAGAUAAAUUAUGAAUGUUGAACAAGAUGACCUUACAUCCACAGCAGAUAAUGAUAGGUCCUAGGUUUAACAGGGCCCUAUUUGACCCCCUGCUUGUGGUGCUGCUGGCUCUUCAACUUCUUGUGGUGGCUGGUCUGGUGCGGGCUCAAACCUGCCCUUCCGUCUGCUCCUGCAGCAACCAGUUCAGCAAGGUGAUUUGCGUCCGGAAAAACCUACGGGAGGUUCCAGAUGGCAUCUCCACCAACACGCGGCUGCUGAACCUCCAUGAGAACCAAAUCCAGAUCAUCAAAGUGAACAGCUUCAAGCACUUGAGGCACCUGGAAAUCCUACAGUUGAGUAGGAAUCAUAUUAGAACAAUUGAAAUCGGGGCCUUCAAUGGUCUGGCAAACCUCAAUACUCUGGAACUCUUUGACAAUCGUCUUACUACCAUCCCAAAUGGAGCUUUUGUAUAUUUGUCUAAACUGAAGGAGCUCUGGUUGCGAAACAACCCCAUUGAAAGCAUUCCUUCUUAUGCUUUUAACAGAAUCCCUUCUUUGCGCCGACUAGACUUAGGGGAAUUGAAAAGGCUUUCAUACAUCUCAGAAGGUGCCUUUGAAGGUCUGUCCAACUUGAGGUAUUUGAACCUUGCCAUGUGCAACCUCCGUGAAAUCCCUAACCUUACACCUCUCAUAAAACUAGAUGAGCUGGAUCUUUCUGGGAAUCAUUUGUCGGCCAUCAGGCCUGGCUCAUUCCAGGGAUUGAUGCACCUUCAAAAACUGUGGAUGAUCCAGUCCCAGAUUCAAGUGAUUGAACGGAAUGCCUUUGAUAACCUUCAGUCACUCGUGGAGAUAAACUUGGCACACAACAAUCUAACAUUACUGCCUCAUGACCUCUUCACACCCUUGCAUCAUCUAGAGCGGAUACACUUACAUCACAACCCUUGGAACUGUAACUGUGACAUACUGUGGCUCAGCUGGUGGAUAAAAGACAUGGCCCCCUCCAACACAGCUUGUUGUGCUCGAUGUAACACUCCUCCCAAUCUGAAAGGGAGGUACAUUGGGGAGCUUGACCAGAAUUAUUUCACAUGCUAUGCUCCUGUGAUUGUGGAGCCCCCAGCAGACCUCAAUGUCACUGAGGGCAUGGCAGCUGAGCUGAAAUGUCGGGCCUCCACGUCCCUGACCUCUGUAUCUUGGAUUACUCCAAAUGGAACAGUCAUGACACAUGGGGCAUACAAAGUGCGGAUAGCUGUGCUCAGUGACGGCACAUUAAACUUCACGAAUGUAACCGUGCAAGAUACAGGCAUGUACACGUGUAUGGUGAGUAAUUCCGUUGGAAAUACCACUGCUUCCGCCACCCUGAAUGUUACUGCAGCAACCACUACUCCCUUCUCUUACUUUUCAACCGUUACAGUAGAGACUAUGGAACCUUCUCAGGAUGAGGCACGGACCACAGAUAACAACGUGGGCCCCACUCCAGUGAUCGACUGGGAGACCACCAAUGUGACCACCUCUCUCACGCCACAGAGCACAAGGUCGACAGAAAAAACAUUCACCAUCCCAGUGACUGACAUAAACAGUGGGAUCCCGGGAAUUGAUGAGGUCAUGAAGACCACCAAAAUCAUCAUUGGCUGUUUUGUGGCCAUCACACUCAUGGCUGCAGUGAUGCUGGUCAUUUUCUACAAGAUGAGGAAGCAGCACCAUCGGCAAAACCAUCAUGCCCCAACAAGGACUGUUGAAAUCAUUAAUGUUGAUGAUGAGAUUACAGGAGAUACGCCCAUGGAAAGCCACCUGCCCAUGCCUGCUAUCGAACAUGAGCACCUAAAUCACUAUAACUCUUACAAAUCUCCCUUCAACCACACAACAACAGUUAACACAAUAAAUUCAAUACACAGUUCAGUGCAUGAACCGUUAUUGAUCCGAAUGAACUCUAAAGACAAUGUACAAGAGACUCAAAUCUAAAACAUUUACAGAGUUACAGAAAACAAACAAUAAAAAAAAGACAGUUUAUUAAAAAUGACACAAAUGACUGGGCUAAAUCUACUGUUUCAAAAAAGUGUCUUUACAAAAAAAAAAACAAAAAAGAAAAGAAAUUUAUUUAUUAAAAAUUCUAUUGUGAUCUAAAGCAGACAAAAUUAUGUGUAUUCCUCAGAACCUGUUUUUGCUGCACUUAUUUACUAUUUUCCCACAUCUCAUCCCUGCCUUUCCUGGUUGCCAUAUUUUUCAUAGGAGAUCUCAAGUCCCUAAAGAACUGGCCUAGGAAAUUUUGUAAGAAUUCUGUUACACUUUGAGAUUUUUAUGGUGAAUUCUAGUGGUGAGAUCCAGUCUAUUUUGUCUUUCUUUCUUUUUUUUCCUCUCUCCUUUCUUUCCCUCAUGCCCUUAUGAAGUAGUCCAAUGGGGAAUACAAUAUUAGAAAUAGACUUUUAAGAGAGAACAAGAUUAAAAAAAUGCAAGAUCUUAUAUUUUUCAUGUAAUGACCUGUUCUGUAUUUAUGAGGAGAACCAUUCAAUGGCAAAGCAAAAAGAAAAAAAAAAAAGAAAAAAA